AACUUAAACGACGAGCAACGGAUCCCGAAGAGAGCGACGAGAGGGAGAGGGAGAGGGAGAGGGAGAGAGUUCGAGGAGAUUCCAUUCGCAGCUCUCGUUUCAAUUCUUCUCCACUGUUACAAGCCGAACACAAAAACCCUAGAAGAAGCCAUCCCGAUGGCCGCCGUGCAAGAUCUCGACCUCCCGUUGGCUCCGGAUGCGCCUCCAUCCGCCGCCUCCUUGCCCCCUUCCGGCCGGACUCGGCGAUCUGUGCACCAUGCCCUCGGCGGCGGCGCUGUCGCCGAUGUGCUUCUAUGGAGGCACAGGAACGCGGCGGUUCUCAUGGCGGUCGGUGCCACGACGGUGUGGUUCCUCUUCGAGCGGGCCGGUUACAGCUUAUUGUCCGUCUUUGCGAACGCCAUCCUCCUUCUCGUGCUCAUCCUCUUCUUCUGGGCCAAAUCUGCCUUGCUCCUCAACAGACCUCUUCCGCCCCUUCCUAAUCUCGAGAUUUCGGAUGAGGUAGUAGGUAAGGCUGCCGACAGGGCUCGGGUGUGGAUCAAUCGGGUCUUGGCAAUUGGGCACGACAUAACCAUCCGGAGAGAUAGGAAGGUUUUCCUUCAGGUGCUCCUCUUGCACUUCAUUAGAUGUUCUAGGCUCGGUUUAAAUGUCGUUUGUUUGACUCGCCUUUAUGAUCUGGUGAUUCCUAUGCUCUAUCUCAUCUCAAAGGUCAUUUUGGUUCUGUGGUUCAUCGCCUACAUUGGGAGACUGUUCAACUUCCUUACCCUUGUUUACAUAGGAGUCCUUCUGCCUAUCACACUUCCUGCUUUGUAUGACAAGUAUCAAGAUCAUGUUGAUGAAAAGUUUGGUGUGGCACAUGAUGCGGUCAUGAAGCAGUACGUGAGCAUCUUAAGCCGAAUACAGGCACAACCAACCAAAGAAAAGAAGACUCAAUAACAGAAUCACUGCUGCAUCCAUAUGCAUCGGCAACCAUUCCUAUCAGCACACUACCAUCACCUGUGUUUAUGGACGUCAAUAUUAAUGAACCAAUUUAUGGUAUUUUCUGGUGGAGCUCUUGUUAUAGUCUUUUCUGGUAUGUUGAUCAAGUUGACUGUGAACUAAAAUGCCUUCUCAGUAAGCUGUGUUCAAAUCUUUCGUGUUAGAGCCAUCUAUGUCAUGGGAUGUUUGAUAAAUUCUUCGAUUUUAGAGCAAUCGAAUGGAGGCAUGAAUGUGUGUGCUUGUCUUCAAUACACACUCUGAAUGUAUCAGUCUCAUUCGUAAGUUAAAUUCAUCCCCACCUUUCACA